AUGCUCUUCAGCCUAUACAUAAUAGUUACAGUAGCAGCUCGAACAAGAUCGUUACCAGAGAUCGCAUGCAACAGACUCAAAAUAGGAGACAAUUGGUACGACAGGGACACUCUAUGGGCCAAUAUUGGACGACCAUACAACCUCAACGUCCACAGAGGCUCCAACUCUUUAUUCUUCAGCUACUCUCUCCCAGAAACCUACGCAGAUGUCGACUUCCAACUCGCAUACUUUAACAUCGACACCAGAGAGUACCAAACCAUCGCAGGCAUCAGAGGCGGCUGCUCCGUCGCCAUCGACCAGAUGAACGACGAGAUAUACCUCGGAGGAAGCGAUGGCAUCUACAAAUACAACAUGCUCACCAAACUAGCAGAUUUCUACAAAGAAAAAGGCAAGAACAUCUGGUCUUUAUUCUACAAGAAGAAUCUUUUCUACAUCAGCUAUCCAGAUCAGAAACUCCAUAUAGAAUACGACGGAAAGUUUGCUACAGUAAAGGAAUUUGAGAAUUUUGAAAUUGAUUAUUUCCACGUGAGCAGUGUUAAUGUUAUAUAUUUUGCUAACAAAACUGGUUUAUAUAAGUAUGAUAACGAGAAAAUGGAAGCUCAAGUUGUUAAUGAAUUAAUAACUGUUCGACAAAUAGUUGAAGAUAAUGAAGGAGAUACGUAUAUCGUGAGUAACUUUGGUAUAUUCGCUGAUGGUAAAUAUGAUGGUCUCAAAAAGAUUUUGGAUAUGAAAAAUAUAUACGGUCUAGCGUUCGAUAAAGAUAAUAAUUUUAUUUACUCAGAUGAAAAGAAUAUUAUUAAGCUUGUAUAUAGUUUAGUUGGUUGUGAUAAGAAACCUGUACAUUGGUAA